AUGCCGGGGAUCGAUCCUGAGAUCAUUAUGCACAAACUACAAGUCGAUCCUGAACAUCAGCCAGUAAGACAAAAACGAAGGAAGUUUGCUCCCGAACGUGAUUUGAUCAUCAACAAAGAAGUGGAGAACCUACUUGAGGCGGGAUUCAUUCGAGAAGUACGCUAUCCUGAAUGGUUAGCUAACGUUGUGGUCGUUCGAAAAAAGAAUGGAAAAUGGAGAGUGUGCAUCGAUUUUACUGAUCUCAAUAAGGCAUGUCCGAAAGACCCUUUUCCGUUACCACACAUCGACAAACUAGUGGAUGCUACCGCAGGUCACGAGCUGAUGAGUUUCAUGGAUGCCUUCAGUGGGUACAAUCAGAUCUUGAUGCACCCUAGCGACCAGGAGAAGACGUCUUUCAUGACCUCACGAGGCAUAUACUGUUAUAAAGUAAUGCCAUUUGGAUUGAAGAACGCUGGAUCGACCUACCAGAGGCUCGUCAAUAUGAUGUUCGCUGAUCAAAUUGGUUAUACUAUGGAGGUGUACAUUGACGACAUGCUUGUGAAGUCGUUGGUGGCAGAGGAUCAUAUCAUGCACUUGCAACAAGCCUUUGCUACCUUGCGAAAGUACAACAUGAAGCUAAAUCCUACGAAGUGUUCAUUCGGUGUAAGCUCUGGGAAGUUCCUUGGUUAUAUUGUCACUCACCGAGGGAUCGAAGCGAACCCAGACCAGAUAAGAGCGAUACAAGUUAUCCCUUCGCCGAAAAAUGUGAAAGAGGUACAGAAACUAACCGGAAGAAUGGCUGCUUUGAGCAGAUUCAUCUCAAGACUGUCCGACAGAUCUCAUACCUUCUUUGCUGCUCUGAGAAAACCGAAGGACUUCAUGUGGGAUGAUAAGUGCGAGAAAGCAUUGAAGGAACUGAAGAACUACCUAACAUCACCCCCUCUUUUAUCUAAACCAAAAGAUGGAGAAGUGCUGUUAUUGUACCUGGCAGUGUCGGACCACGCCGUCAGUGCUGUUCUGGUUCGAGAAGAGGAAAAUAAACAGUACCCUGUUUACUACGUCAGCAAGUCGCUCCUAGACGCAGAAACGAGGUACAGUCAAUUGGAGAAAUUGGCCUUAGCGUUGAUAACAGCAGCGAGGAAGCUACGUCCCUACUUCCAAGCUCAUCCUAUUGUGCUUGUCAGCUCAGCUCCCAUAAAGGCGGUUUUACAUAAACCAGAAGUAUCAGGAAGAUUAGCAAAGUGGGCAGUUGAACUUGGCGAAUACGACGUCAUAUACCGACCGACUAUCGCCAUCAAAUCACAGGUGCUUGCGGAUUUUGUGGCGGAAUUCACCCCCAAUUUGAUUCCUGAAGUGGAGGAAGAGGUGAAAACCUUACAAGAAGGAUCUCACAAGGGAAUUUGGAAGCUGUAUGUCGAUGGGUCCAGCAACAUACGAGGUACAUGCCUUGGGAUGGUUAUAACUUCUCCGACAGGGGAACUUGCAUCAAGAGCAGUUAGGUGCAACUUUCGAGCCACUAACAAUGAAGCGGAGUAUGAGGCAUUGAUAGCAGGACUGACGCUGGCUCAUGAUCUUGGAGCUAGAAAUCUAGAAGUGUACAGCGACUCACAACUCAUAGUUAACCAGAUGCAAGGAGAUUACCAAGCACGAGAUUCGAAGAUGACGCGGUAUAUGAACGUAGCAAAGACGAUUGUGGAAAAAUUCGACGAUUGCAAACUCGCACAGAUUCCAAGAGAGGAAAAUUGUCAUGCGGAUGCUCUUGCCCAAUCUUUGGCCGGCCACAGACAAGGAUUUACCAAAUCUAGAAGUUGCAUCAGCGGAUGUCGCUCCGAAUUGGAUGACACCUAUCAUCAACUACCUAAGAGACGACCUACUACCAUCUAA